UUAACAACACAGCUCCCUUCAACCAACCCAGCAUGUUAGCUCAGGGGAAGAGCGCCGGGCUCAUAACCCGGAGGUCCCUGGAUCGAAACCAGGACAUGCUAAGCAAACGAUUUCUUUUUUUCUUUUCUGUCUCAUGCAGAGUGGAUUGGCGAUGUCAUGUAUGGAGUAGAUAUGGAUACUACCGCAUUUCGCUUUUUUUACUCACUCACUCACCAAUUUGGCAGUCGUCUUUUUGUAUGAGAUAGACUAGCUUCUUAGAAUAUUAAUGAAUCCACGUCUGUAUUGAAAUAAUAAAU